AUUUCUACAUUUCGGACGAUUUAUUGGAUGUGACACUAUAUAGGUGCUUUAGUCUCUUUCCAACAUUUUUACGCCGGUGACCUUCGUCUUGCCUCCUCGCCUUCUCGGUCUCUGAACCCAUUCUCACGACUUUGGAUUCCCCAAGUGAUAUCACCCCGCUUCAGGGGACCAACAGCCCGUUGCACGGACGGACCGACCAUCAGCCUUGGACAUCCUAUGUCGCUGUGUCCUUGUCCUUCCUACGUUCCCCUUCCCCUCACUUUAUAUCCACUUAUUGGGGGUUAGAACCAUGAGCUUCUUCCGCGAGAAACCGUCCCCCUCCGGGGGCGGUUCUAAACAACCUAAUGCGCCGCCAGAGAAACAGCAACUGAAUGCUCAAAACUUCCAGGAAGGUCUCGAGUUGCUAGAUGCCAAACUCGACGAAUCGGAACUCUUGCGCGUCGUCGCGCCCAUUAGGAUUAUAUGUACUGGUGGAUUUCUCGCAGUCAGCUAUCUUAAGAGCCGAGUGUCCACAGUCGAUUUGGAUUAUUGCCUUGACCCAGAGCUCUACGACAAUGAGGACGUCAAAGAGGACAUCCGCAUCGCCGCCGAAUCCGUGGCAAUCCAACUUACUUACCCAGACGAUUGGUUUAACGAUGAAAUGACUAUAUUCACAAAACGUUCAACCCGACCAAAACUAUUCCAGGAGUCGUUAGAUCAGGGCGUAGUAUUAUGGCAGGGAAAGAGGCUGAUCAUUUAUGCUAUAAAGUUUGAGUGGGCAUUGGAGACGAAGCUCAGACGUUUGUCCUACGCUUCGGCUCCACGAAACUACAGUAUUGAUAUGAGUGAUGCUGUGGCUAUUCUCAAUGUGCUGGUAGAGCGGAAUGGUGGCCAGCCGCUAGACCGCGAGUUUAUCAGGGGGUUGAACUGGAAUGGCUUUGACGUACUGCCAACUGAGGGCACUUUAGAUGCGAUAGCUCGCACAUACCAACAAACGUACAACAAGGAUGGGCUCAACAGGGAGUAGUGUUGGAUACUCAAUUAGAUCCUAUCUACUUCAAAGCUCUAAGCGCUCGUAUAGCUUCGAUGUUGUCAGACCGUCCGUAGAUCCCCCUCGAAAGCAAUGAUAUUCCUCGCUGCGAAUCGCGGUCCCGUCCCACCUUCUGCAAUAAUAAGCUCAUCCUCCAGCGCUGGUACUCCCCCAGCCCAUGCUGGCAUAACCUCUGGCACAAAUGGCGCCGGUGUCCCAUCGUCCUCCCUCUCAACCCACCGCUUGCCGCCUCUCCUCAGCCCCAACUCAAGCCUCCAAUUAAACGCAUCCACCAUCGCCUCCAUCAACGAAGCAAGUACCGCAUACCUCACGGGAUCCGGGUCCCUCGGGUCCGGGAUUCCCUCCAACGCCCAGUGCGCCUCAGGGCGACGCCAGAAAUACUGCGUCUCCGAGCCUAUGGCAGGUCCAUCGCGCGCGCACAUCGCUUCAUAGAUGCGGUAGAACGAUGCAAUCGGCGAGUCACGCGCGCGGAACAGUGGCACGAGCCGGAUCUGCGGGAUGAGCGGGUUGCGGGUAUCGAAGAGCGUGUGGUCGUGGGUGAAAGCCUGGGGGCGAGGCAGG